CCUAGUGGCCAUGUGUUGAACAGUGUUUCCUGUUGUGGAUAUAAUUAUAAGUGACUCAUGUUCACAUUUCCAUAUCCAUGGAUUCACUGGCUAAAACUUCAAAUGGAAAGAGUAGAAAUAUCGUUAUUAAUUCUGUAUUAUUUCAUUUGAAAUUAUAUCUAAAACAAUCUCAGAGAUAUACAUCAUAUUUUUUCCUAUAUAGCACGUGAUUACAUUUUCUCUAUGCAUGUUGGACCACAAGCCAAAGGUUAUCUACCCUGUUGACAUUGACUGUCUCAAAUUCAUUAAUUCUCCGUUAAUAGGAACCAGUGGCAUCUACAGUUACUUUGAUAUAGUGAGAGAAAAAGACAUUCUUGCAGAAAAAAAUGAUACAAAAUAACAAAAGAAACUCAACAUCCAUAAUCUAAAUAUAUGCCCUGACCAGAGCAUGAUCUCACCGAUAUAGUAUUACAACCCUGUUGCCUCACAAACUUUAUUCCACAGAUCUAAUCUGUGUCAGUGGCUUUAGUACUUCUUGAUUUUCAUUGAGUGCCAGUAAAUAAAGAAGUUGAAUAGGUGUCGACCGUGUUGCGGUUACACUGCCCUUCCCUCAUUGGUGUUGAUAUAAAUAGACCUUUUCAAUAGAGCCUGCAGAGAAGGGGAAGAAAAAUGCUUCUUUGUUUGAAGAGAUAAAGCGCCCUCAUGGCUGCUUUAUGAUUAAAUGUAAACACCUUGGCACAGACACGCACUCAUACACACCCACGCACGCACAGAACGCUCUCAGGUAAAUAUUUCAACCCCAUUCUUCCUGCUAUGGGUUAAUUGUUAGAACUAUAGCUGUGAUGUUUUAAUCAAAAUAUGUACUUGAUCACAAUCUAUACAAAAACAUUUAGUAAAUAGAGGGAGUCAAGAGAGCCUGCAUUAUUGGUUGCAUGGUUGUUGUUUUUGAUUUAUAGUUUACUUUUGACAGAAGUUUGACCAUGUUAAUGUGUGCAAUGGAAAGAAAUCUAGAAGCGGAGAACGUUUAGGCACUGUGGUUUCUAGCACUCGAGCAAUGCUUAGUCACCUAGAGGAAACCCCACACAAGCACACACACAUCUAUACACACGCACACACAUGCACACAAAAACUGUCUAGUUAUAUAAAUGUACGGUCUAGUUCAGUGAGUGUAGACAGCGGUUUUACAGUAUAUGCCAUUGUGUAGGCAAGGGAUACGGAUAGAUAUAAUCUGUGCAUCUUUAUUGCAUUGUGACCAUAAUCUUUUAAUCUACCCAUCCAGGCAAGAUCACCGCUGUAUUCACACUCAGCGAACCUGAAAGGGGAACUUCAGGAGUCAAUCCGUUGAUAUUUAAAACAUCUCCCUGGAUAAUGACAUCAACCAGCACUUCCAGGAUGCAAUUGAUGUGAUUCAACGGCACUCUGACGAUCCGUAUUGUGAUACAGAGUAUAAGUACUUUGAGCCUCCAAUGCGAUCGAGCAUAAUGUGCUGCUACCCCAUCACCCACCCUUCUGAUGUGCCAGGUCCAUAUGACUGGAAUGAGCAGACGUCAUGGCCUCAUGUUGUUCCUUACGGCUCACUGGGUCCAUCUGUGACCAUGGACUACCCCCAGUUCUACUCCAUCGCACCGCCACCGAGGAGCGGCAAAGGUCGCAAGAAGCUGCGUCUUUAUGAGUACCUGCAUGAGGCUCUGGGCGAUCCCAACACGGCUGACUCCAUCCAGUGGACCGACCGUGGUAGCGGCACCUUCCACUUCAUCUCCAAGAACAAAGAGAAGUUGGCCGAGUGCUGGGGCAAGCGCAAGGGCAACCGCAAGACCAUGACCUAUCAGAAGAUGGCACGGGCGCUGCGCAACUACAGCCGAACGGGCGAGAUCGUAAAGGUGCGCCGCAAACUCACCUACCAGUUCAACCCAUCGAUCAUCCAGAGGCUUGGGGGCAUCAGUCACGUCAUUCCCCCCGCCGGGCACCCCGGGGCUGGCCACCCUGGGCGGGAGGUACUCCUCCACCAGCAGCAUGCCCCAUCUGAACAGGCUUACUAUGGCUCUGCUGCUGCACCUGACUGGCACAACUGGUAUGGACAUUACUCCCUCCAGGGAGACUGUGAUCUUGCCACAAGCUUCACUUCAUCCACAGUCACCAAGGCGUGAACUCAGGUAAUGUCACUGGAAAAUAACAGAGGUUAAAAGCUGCUUUAGCUAGCUGUCAAUUCAUAUGGCUACUCCUGCAUACUUCUGAAGGGGCCUACAACUGGGCCUUGUUAUGCAGCCAUUGUGUUAUGGGUGUCAGGAAACGUAACGAAACAUAAAGAAAAUGUAAAAAUGUUUACUCUCCGUUAGUUAUGCCAUUUAAAAGAAAAUGACCAUUGAUCAGGUAUUGUGGAUCAUUGAAUAUGUAAAUAAUGAAAAUAUAUCAACUUUUUUUAACCUAUGAGAACUGUGAACCAGUUACAAGCAUUCGGUGUUUGUACUGUACAUGUAAAGGGAAAUAACUACAACGUUGGAUUCAAAUAAGAACAUGUAUUACUGCAUGUCAUUUUGUAAAUAAUGAAUUGAAAUCCUUUGUAUCUCACACACAUUGAUGUAUUUUAAUAAAUCAUUUUUGUUUAA